AUGAUAGGCGCUUGUCUCACUUGUCUCCCACGGAGCUAUGAUCUCAUACCCGAGGAGCAAGCCGCCUUCGAUGACUUGCAUGACGGAGGCUGCGCCGUCGAGGACACCGCUCUGCGAGCGCUGCUGCUCUCGCAGCUUGAGAAGGUCUCGACACAUAUCCGGCGCCGCUGUGAGGCGGAACGCUGGACAGGCCUCCGCUUCGGCGAUGUCACCGGCUACGAGGUGGUGCCCGAUCCGCAGGAAUCCGGCAUCAAGGUCUUCCUUACAUCAGACCGCGUCAAUCUUUAUGAUACGACGGCGCACGUGAUCCUUCCGGCGACGAAGAGUCGCGCGUGUAGCUUGAUGGAAAUCAUGUCGAGGGGCCCGCAGAAACCUGUCUGGUUCGUCAGCCAUUGGUGGGGCGAGCCGGUCCAGGACUUCGUCACGUGCCUCCGCGAGCAUGCCAAGGAUCGCGGCUUGGGAUCUUGGAAAGGCAUGCAGUCGGCGAUUGAGCAGCUUGACCAAUCUGACCCCCAUUUCUUACAGCAAGACCUUGUGCCGUCCCAGCGUGCAUGCCAUUGGGUCUGCGCCUAUGCGAACAACCAGCAUGCCUUGGACGGCGCUGUCACCAAGGACCCGGCAGCAACAAGUUUUCACCGCGCGAUGUGCCUUGCGGAAGGCACUGUGUCCGUGGUCGACGUGGGUGGCGUGUGCUUCACACGCGUUUGGUGCUGUUUCGAGGUGUACAUAUCUCUCAUGGACCUCGCCUCACAUCGGGAUUACCGCUAUGACAUAUAUACGGCUUUCCAGAAUCCUUUCGGUGCUGCCGCUGCGCUGGUGGAUGGCCUGUCGGUCCGAGACUCACGAGGCGGCGCUCUCCGCGGGCACGGCUACAAG